AUCUCGCGGUACCACACAGCUCUGUCUCUCAUUCCACCACGGUCAAGCUUGCCUGAGGAAGGUUUCUGGUGAACAGCUCGGAAGGAAAGCCUAUCAUUUCGGAAGCCCAUAAUUUAUUUUCAUUCAUUUAAUUGAAAUAGUCAACCUAUUACGAAUACAUCUGAGUGGAUAUUGAUCGAUUAUAUUUGACCUGCGUUUGUGUUUUAAAAAACUGAAUAGCUCUAGCUAAGUGGCCGUGCUAACAAAGAAAAGCCUUUCUCUUGAGAAAUAAUCCCCCACGAUUCUCUUUAGUUAUGAGUCAUGUGGUCGUCGAUAAUCAACACGGUCUAGAUCAGCAGCUCGCUGGACUAGACUUGAACUCUGUUGACGGACAGGGCGGAGGAACCGGCAGACGUUACAUUCCACCUCACCUGAGAAACAGGGAGGCUUCUUCCAAAAAUGCAGGAAAUGGUUAUUCCACUGGUAGACAGUAUGGUUAUUCAGUGGCACCAGUAAACCUCUGCUUCGGUGGAGACGGCGGCGGUGGCGGCGGCGGUGGUGGAGGCGGAGGCUGGGCCGCGCCUGUCAGGGAUGCUAGGGAUUCUUCCUACAACAGCUUCGGCGGUCGCUCUGACCGGGGCAAGUCUGCCUACUUCAACGACCGCGGAUCAGGCGGAACACGCGGAAGGUAUGAGCGCGGGGGUUUUAACAGUGGAGGGAACAACCGCUGGGGAGAGGACUCGAGAGAGGAGGAGGAUUGGUCCAAGCCCACCGCCGCCAAUGAGCGCCUGGAACAUGAGCUGUUCUCUGGGGGCAACACCGGGAUCAACUUUGAGAAAUACGACGACAUUCCCGUGGACGCUACCGGGAACAACUGUCCGCCCCAUAUUGACAGCUUCCACGAUGUCGAGAUGGGAGAAAUCAUUAUGUGCAACAUUAACUUGAGUCGCUACACCAGGCCUACUCCGGUUCAGAAGUAUGCCAUCCCAAUCAUCAAGACCAAGAGAGAUCUGAUGGCUUGUGCCCAGACUGGCUCUGGAAAGACCGCGGCCUUCCUGCUGCCAGUGCUUAGUCAGAUCUUCAUGGAAGGGCCCGGAGAGGCCCUCCAGGCCGCAAAGAACAGCGGCGAGAAUGGCAAAUAUAGCCGCCGCAAGCAGUACCCGAUCGCCCUGGUCCUGGCUCCCACCAGGGAGCUGGCUCUGCAGAUCUACGAAGAGGCCCGCAAGGUUGCCUACCGCUCAAAGGUGCGCCCCUGUGUGGUGUACGGCGGCGCCGACAUCGGCCAGCAGAUCAGAGAGCUGGAGAGAGGCUGCCACCUUCUGGUGGCCACCCCUGGCCGUCUCGUGGACAUGAUGGAGAGAGGCAAGAUCGGCAUGGAUUACUGCAACUACCUGGUUCUGGAUGAGGCUGAUCGCAUGUUGGACAUGGGUUUCGAGCCCCAGAUCCGACGUAUCGUGGAGCAGGACACGAUGCCCGCCAAGGGCAGCCGGCAGACGAUGAUGUUCAGCGCCACCUUCCCCAAGGAGAUCCAGAUCCUCGCCAGGGACUUCCUGGAGGACUACAUUUUCCUAGCAGUCGGGCGCGUCGGCUCAACUUCAGAAAACAUCACCCAAAAGGUGGUCUGGGUGGAGGACAACGACAAGAGGUCCUUCCUCCUCGAUCUCCUCAACGCAACAGUCAUGCCCACUGAUGAAAAUGUGCCAGAAGCCCCAGAGAAACCUGGCAAGGAAUCCCUGACCCUGGUGUUCGUGGAGACCAAGAAGGGCGCCGACGCCCUGGAGGACUUCCUGUACCGCGAGGGCUACGCCUGCACCAGUAUCCACGGCGACCGCUCCCAGAGGGACCGAGAGGAGGCCCUGAACCAGUUCCGCUCCGGACGCUGUCCCAUCCUCGUGGCCACUGCUGUGGCGGCCCGAGGUCUGGACAUCUCCAACGUGAAGCACGUCAUCAACUUUGACCUGCCCAGCGACAUCGAGGAGUACGUUCACCGUAUCGGCCGUACGGGACGUGUGGGCAACCUCGGUCUGGCCACGUCGUUCUUUAACGACAAAAACAGCAACAUAACCAAAGACUUGCUGGACAUCCUGGUGGAGGCCAAGCAGGAGGUUCCCUCCUGGCUGGACAGCCUGGCGUACGAGUACCAGCACAAGGGCCCAACCCGCGGACGCGCCAAGAGCGGUCGAUUUGGCGCGGCCAAAGAUUACCGUCAGUCACCUGGCGGUGGUCCCAGUGCCUUCGGCGGCGGUGGCGGCGGCGGCAGCCGGGGCGGUGGUAGCCGUGGCGGCGGCGGCGGCUACGGCGGGGGAGGCCGUGGCUUCGGCGGCGGCGGAGGCGGCUUCGGCGGGAACUUCCACGGCAACGACAACUACGGCGGGAGCUACAGUAACUCCGGCAGCUCUGUGGACUGGUGGGGCAACUAGGCACUGCAGGAGCAGGUUGCCAUGCCAACCCAGGCCCCACGGAAACCACAUGUAAACUUUAGCCAGACCAUAACAACCCCUUUCCCACCACCCCACUCCCCCCCUCUGUGUAGCUCCAUGACACACAGUACAUUACCGAUUCUCUGCCUCGCUCCCCGUUUUGCUUCCCGCCCAAGCGGAAGUGUGGCGGUGUGAUGUAACCACCAGCGUUGGCGGCCCCCCCCCCCCCCCAAGGAGCUCGCAGAGAUCCGCACACCUCAGAGAACGAGCAUGGACGCUGACAUGCCAAGUCCGACAGCAACCUCGGACUCAUUGUAAAGAGUAUUUUUUUUUCUUUUUUUUUUGAUGGAAAAACCAAUAACCUGAGGAUCAUUUGUAUGUUGAUGUACUGUGCCUUUUUGAAUCUUAAAAGGAAAUCUUAUGUUAUCAUUUCACCAAAAGAACUUGGCCUAGAGCUCUAAAUUUGUUAUUACUGUUUUGUUAUUUGGUGAAAAAGCAAAACAAGCUUGGACUUAAUCAAACCUUGGCAAAUACUGGGGCGUUAUGGCUCGCCCGAGUCAUGAUUCCAUUUGAUCUUCAAAUUAAUUGCAGGGACAUCAUGUAGCCUUUUCUACACAUGGCUAAUGGCGCCAUCGCAAUAGGUUGAUUCUCCACUGGGACAUUCCCAGCGCGAGGAACAAAACUGAUUCCAAUAUUAAGAGACAAAGAGUUGGAUUCCUUAUCUUUUUGCGCUCACUCUAUCCUGGACAAGCUCCAUUUUAAAAGGACAUGGUAGUCUUCGAAAUAGCCAUUCCUAAUGUGAUCUUAAUUAACACGGUCAUCAAGCUUGGUGCCAACGCUCACUGAGACUAAAACUAGGAUCUUCAAUGCUGGAAGUUACUACUCCACAUUUCUCAAUUGACUUGACAGUGUUACGGCAGCUAGUCUGCCAACCAAGUGCUAGCUACAUAAAAUGGGCGGUGUUUUUUGUUGGUUUUUACUCGAGACAUUUCGGUGCGGGGGGAACGUGCGCGGUUAACAAAACAAAAACCUAAGUCCGUUUUCUUUGAUUUCUCUGGAAUGUUUCUCUUAACGUGUAUCGAAACAAAAAAUGCCUGCCCUCCAGAAGGCCACGGGUCAACACGGCCGCAUAAGGACCACGGCAUCGGGGAAGGGGCGUAACACACGACGUUGGCGCUGGGAGAUCGGAGGGCCAACGGCAGGGGCCCGGGCGUUAUUCUACGCAUGCGAGUGUUUUGUUUUUUGGUCAAGAAGGAAAGGGAUGUGAACGGAGUCGCAGGCUUAACUUAAUUACAAAGGUUUUCUCUUUUUCAAGCUGCGUUGGAGGCAUGGUUCAUCUUAAAAGCAAACAGGCAUUAGAGUGGUCACAGAGGGUUACACAGCAGUCCGGUGGCAAGGACGCAGAGAGGGGGGCACGGCCACGUUUAGGGGGCGGGGGGGGGGGGGGGCGGGGUGUGGGUUCAGGUGGGGGUAAAGGCGUAGUUUCUUGGGCACCACCAUUGUUGUCAGUGGCUUUGGUUUCCAUUGCUGCAUUCACAAACUGUGGCAGGCAGGCGGGCCAGAGAUAUAUAUAUUUUUCUUGGAAUAGGGUGUCCACUUCCUUAUGGGGACGUAGUACUGUCAACUCCUCUGGGGGUUCAUCUGCUCAGAAGUGUGUAACAAAGCCCUGGCGCCUGUGAGGCUGGACCAGGCGUUUCCUCUUAGAGAGGAGCGGCCAAUGAGAGGAGAGAUGGGAGUAUUUCACCUUUUUAGUGCUAUGUGUUGCCUCUCAGGUGUGUUGUGCCUUGAAACAUUUUUUUUUUUAAGAAAUUGAACUAAAAGCGGAUGCACUGACGGUGAUGACUUUAGGGUUGAAUGGUGCUACUUGAUUUAGGUGUGCAGGCCCUUUGUACGUAUGUGCCCAUCGAGUUUUACAAAAGUUAUUUUAUUGCACAUCUAGAGUUUUAUAUAGAUGUCUUGGAUAUAUGUCCUUAAGCUUCCAAAUGUUUGUGUGUGAGUGAGGGGGUGGCGAGAAAACGCAGCUUGUUUACAAAGGGGAGGGGUUCUCAACCUUAAACCAGGAUUUAUUUGGGACCAGGGGAUUUAGCAGUUGGGGAAUUUAGCCAUUUGCACACAGAUUUCUAGAUUCUACUUUUGCUGCUAGUUUUGUGUAAUUUAUUAAGCAUUUUUGACAAAUAUUUAUUUUUGUAAGCCUCAAAGUGAUUCUUUGAAAGUUUCAGAAACUUGACCAAAAGACAGUACAAAACACUGGCACUUGAAUGUUGAAUGUCACCUGUAUGCGUGAAAUUUAUAUAUUUCGGGUAGUGUGAGCUUUUUAAUGUUUAAGACGCAUUGGACUCCGUAAUUAAUAUCCACAGCUGUUUCAAGGCCUUCUCAGGGCCAUACAUCUCAAUUAGAUUCCCAAUUGGCCAUCAAAUUGGAAUGGAAUUGACAAAAUGCCAAGGUUUGGAAUAAAGUUGUGUAAAGAGCAAAUCAAUUUCCUAAGCGUAUCGGUGCAGAAGUGUUCAGAUUCUCCAAUUGUGUGCAUUGUUUGUUUCUUAACUCUUAAUUUGACCUGAUGACUAUAUAUUUUUUUCUCCAGUGAAUGUCUGGCACAUGGCAAUCUGUAAAGAAACAAACAUGUGGUUUAUUCUCCUGUUGCAUUUGCAUUAUGUGGUAGCUCUCGUGUUUUCCCCGAGCGAGUGCGGAGCAGGUCGCCACGGCAGCGGUGGUCUCCAUGGCGCCCGCUGCUCCAACCUGCUCCCUUCUCCGGGGGGAGAAACCGAGGGCUCUUUAGAUGUAGCCGUUGCUUUUCUGUACUAGCCUAGGAGCUAAUGCACUGCAUGAGGAACACUCAGCUGUGCGAUUAAUGUAUGAUUUUACCAAAUUAAAGUUUGAAUGCAAAAGUAUCUGGAAAGGAAGCAUGUUUAUUGUUGAUUUGCCGAGGAGACUGUUGUUGGCUGGAAGCCCUUUGCCACUUUGUGUAGCUGCAGAGUGGGGAUGGUAGCAAAAACUGCGUUAGGCUUAAAGGUUUACUUAUUUUUGAAAGAUAUAUAAAACAUUUGUAUAGUCAACUGUCUUUUUUUUUUUUCCCACCCACUGAAAUGUCAUUGGGACACCGAUGCUUCGGUUCCACAACGCUAAAAUGUGUGGGAAAGAAAUCUGUCCUGGUUUUGUCACUAGUCUGUGGAGCGAAGAGUUUGGGGAAGACUAUUCUCACCAGGCCCUGCUGCUCCACAGGGUGUGCUGUGAGGCUUCCCUUGCACUGUCAUGGACAUCUACUUUGAAAUCCCUGGGUUGCCAUGUAAUGUCAAUUAUAACACAUUUGCCCUGCUUCUCAAACCAACAGUACACCUCUGAAAGCCGGAUCCUAGAAAUGGUACUGUCCAUAUACCCAGCAUUGAUAUCUAUGACAAAGUACUAACAUGAUCAGUUUUGAUAAAUUCGAGCCCUUUUCUCGAUCCCACUGUGUGUGUAGUCUUUAAUCUGUGUGGAGUGCUACGUUAUGUGUCGAGGUGGCGGCCCAGCGUUGGCUCCCAGAGUAGCGCUUUUUUCCCGCUAAUUCCAGUCGACCAUCCAUCAUCUUCACCCCCCGCCUCCAUCCAGGGGAUUUGACUGCCAUUAAGAGAUGGAUGUUUGUGUGUUGUAAUGAUGGAGUGCUUCAGCACACUAACUCCAACGGGGGAAUGGUUUGCACUUAGUAAAGGGGCAUACACGGCUCUAAUCCAUCCAGUUUCACAACGGUCAGCCACACAGGCUCGUCCUUCUAUGCAGUGGCUUGCGAGCUGUAGGCAUCUAGACAGACAUGGGAUAGGCAGAAGGGAUACAUGUGCUGAUAUGCGGACCAUAAAGUCGACCACACAUUCACAUGGAAGCAGGAAACGGCAUCACCAAAGAAGUAAGAGUAUCAAAUCCAUCUAUCAUUUUUGCGUUUCACGAAUGUUAAGUAAUAUUUAAUGGAUAUUGUAUCACAUAGCUGUUGACCUCAGUUUACGCAUUUAAGAAAUUGCCAUCUUUAUUUGUCCUCUGGCAUCCUUGUGUGAUAUGUUGUGUUCUAGGUCUAAUCCUGGCAUGUCCCACAUGAGAGACGACAGGCAUGUCGGCUGUAACCGCUCUCACUGGUCAGUCUUUCUCGGUUCUCUGUCCAUCUGCGUUAACUCGCUGCCUCAUGGGAUGUCAUUCUAUGUGUCUUAAGAGUUCAUGUGGUGAAAUGGUUAUGCAUAAAAAAGGGCCUUUUUAAACUUGGAACUAGAUGUAAAUUAAAUUGAAUUAAAAAAAAUUGACAUACUAUAAAUCAUACUUACUCAACCCU